GUGGUGACGUCGGUCCGGCGUUCUGGGCGGGUCUUGGGCUCGUUCUGGGCGGGUUUCGGGCUACUUUGGGGGCCUGAUUGGGCUGGUUUUGGGCUACAGGCCGCGCUGAUCGCUGGCCUCAAGGCGCGAAGAUGGCGGCGGCGAAGCGCAGGUUCCCGGGUCCGGGGGAGUCGAAGGCGAAGAGGGCGGCCGUCAGCGGCCCUCGGGAGGCCGCCCCGCACCCGCACCCGCACCCGCCGCCAGGACACUUCGUGGAGGGGUCGAUCGUCAGGAUCAAAAUGGACAAAUUCCUAACGUAUGAUUCCUGUGAAAUCCAUCCUGGGCCCAAUUUGAAUGUGAUCGUAGGUGCUAAUGGCACUGGGAAGUCCAGUAUAGUCUGUGCUAUCUGCUUGGGAUUAGCGGGAAGAACCUCCGUUAUAGGCAGAGGAGAUAAGGUUGGCCUUUAUGUGAAGCGUGGAUUUGACAAAGGAUCUAUUGAACUAGAACUUUGUUCCUUUUACAGUUACAAACCUCCUCACAACCUUAUUAUUAGUCGAGAGAUUUCUGUGUCAAACAAUCAAUCCACGUGGCAGAUAAACGGAGAGCAUGCGACCCAGAAAAUGGUGGAAGAACAAACCUCUGCUUUAAGCAUCCAAGUGAGCAAUCUCUGCCAGUUCCUACCUCAGGAGAAAGUUGGAGAGUUUGCCAAAAUGUCAAAAGUUGAACUGCUGGAAGCAACAGAGAAAUCGGUUGGUCCACCAGAUAUGUACAAAUUUCACAGUGAUUUGAAACAUUAUCACGAGAAGGAGAAGAAACUUGAGAAAAUGUGUAAAGAUAAAAAGGCUGCCUUGGAGAACAUGGAGAAAAUGAAUGACCGCAAUGAGAAAGAUGUUCAACGAUACUAUGAAAAACAACGGCAUUUAGAUAAAAUAAAGAUAUUGGAAAGAAAACGCCCUUGGGUGGAAUAUGAGGCUGCUCGCCAGCAGCAUGAGGAAGUGAAGCAUCUCCGCGAUCAACUGAAGCAAGAAUUGAAAGGACUAAAAGAAGCUCAGGCUCCUAUGACUAGAAGAAUUCAGGCAAUUGAGAGGCAGUGUAAACAACAGGAAUACAAAAUAAACGAAAAGGGGACAGAAAUUAAGGAGACUGCACGGAACUAUAAACAAAAGCAAGAUUUAUUAGAACGCAAGGACAAAGAGGUUGAAGAGGUCGAACAAAAUUUGAGAAUGAAAAAGGAGGAGGAAGCUGACCGCCAGAAAAGAAUAAGCAACACAAAGAAAAUGAUAGAAGACUGGGAAAAUGAACUGAAGGCAUCGGGGAACGAUGAUAAUGUACAGCCUGAGCUAGACAGCAUCAGCAGAUCCCUUCGAAAGGUUCAAGAGGAAAGGGGAGCCAUUGAUGGUGAAAAAGCCGAUCUGCGAAGGGACAAAGAAAACCUAGAAAGAGAAAAGAAGAGAAUUACAAAUCACCUCAAGAGACUUGAAGACAUGAUGAAUAUUAAAGAAACAAGGCUUCGUGAUAGGUUCAGAGACACAUACAACGCUAUUUUGUGGUUGAGAGAGAACAAGGAUAAAUUUAAAGGACGCAUCUUUGAACCCAUAAUGCUGGAGCUUAAUAUGAAGGAUUCAAGAAACGCUAAAUACAUUGAAAAUCACAUUCCAAUGAAUGAUCUGAGGGCCUUUGUCUGUGAGAAUCAGACUGAUAUGGAAAUAUUCCUUCACGAGGUUCGUGAUAAACAGAGGCUUAAAGUAAAUGCAGUGUGUGCUCCUUCUAAUUCAGCUGCCAAAAGACCACCCUCAAGACCCAUUCAAGGCCUUCAACAUUAUGGCUUUGUAUCUUAUCUUCGAGAACUGAUAGAUGCUCCUGCACCUGUAAUGAGUUAUCUGUGUGAUCAGCACAGAGUUCAUGAUGUUCCUAUAGGGACUGGAAAGACCAAAACAAUGAUUGAACAGGUAAUAAGAGAAACUGACUUGCGGCAGAUUUACACUGCGGAAGAGAGGUACACUAUAAGGAGGUCCUAUUAUUCCAACAAAAUGAUUUCCAGCAAUACAGCACUAAGGGAAGCACAAUUUCUCACUGUUAAAGUGGAUGCAGAUGAAAGGAGGCAGUUGGAUGAUCAACUCAGGGAAAUAAAUACAAAGUUGGAAGCCACAGAAUCGCGCAUUGUUGAUUUAACAGAGACACAGAAACGUCUUGAGCAUGAAGAUAACAAUCUACGAGGGAAAAAAAAGGAAUUGCAAGAUUUGAGGGGGAAGAGAAGGCAACUGGAGCAAAAAAUCAGUACAAAACAUGACAGUCUCAAACAGAUGUUGCUGGAUGUUAUUAACCUUCCCAAUGAACAACAAAAAGCAAAUGGAAUAAUUAAGACAAUCUACAGUCAAAAGGCCAAACUAGUAUCUGAAUUAACACAGCAUAUUAAGGACUGCGUUACACUGAACAUGGAGAAGGUUAGCUUGGUUCUUGAAAACGGCACAUUAACAUCGGAGAGGAACCGACUUGAAACUGAGUGCAAAGAAACAACUGCACAACAACAAUUUAAAGAACAACAAUAUGAAGAGCUGGAUGAAAAGAAGCGCAGACUGCUCAACACCUGCAAGGAAUGCAUGAAAGCAGCGAGGCAGAUUUGUAAUCUGGAUGAAAAUGAUAUCCCUCAAGAACUUAUGAGAGCAUUUCAAAGUCUUCCCAACACACUGGAUGAAAUAGAUGCUUCAUUGAGAGAAGAAGAAUCAAGAGUAGCUUGCUUUUCUACCUUAAGUGCUACGAUAGUAGCUGAUUACAAGAAGAGGAAACAAGCCAUAGAAGACCUGGUUGAAGAACUGAAAAGAAAAAAUACAGAAUUAAAAGAUUAUAAGGAGAAUAUCUCGAAGGUAAAGGAAAAGUGGUUAAAUCCUCUGAAGCAGCUUGUAGAACAAAUCAAUGAGAAAUUCAGCGAGCACUUUCGCUCAAUGCAGUGUGCGGGUGAAGUUGACCUGCAUACAGAGAACGAGGAAGAAUACGAUAAAUAUGGAAUCCGAAUUCGAGUGAAGUUCCGCAGCAGUACACAACUUCAUGAACUCACUCAUCACCACCAGAGUGGUGGUGAGCGAAGUGUUUCUACAAUGCUGUAUCUAAUGGCUCUACAGGAAUUAAGCCGAUGCCCCUUUCGUGUUGUAGAUGAAAUCAAUCAGGGAAUGGAUCCAACCAACGAGAGGAGAGUUUUUGAAAUGGUAGUACGAACAGCUUGCCAAGAGAAUACUUCUCAGUACUUCUUUAUCACACCUAAGCUGUUACAGAAUCUAACCUACGAUGACAAUAUGACAGUGCUGUGUGUUUAUAAUGGGUUACACGUGCUUCCACAUGGCAAGUGGAAUAUGAAGGCUUUUCAUAGAAGACGACGGCGAGUACAGGUGCACAACAGGUGAACAACCCCACUUGACUGGACAUUAGUCAAUUAUGUUUACAAAAGGAGCUGCCUUGUAAACAAUAUGGGCAUCUCUAAUUCCUCAUUGGUCUAAGUUCUAGGAACUGGCUUACACUGCUUUCACAGCAGAAGGGAAACAAAAGAAUAAGGAUUUUUUUUCUGCAAUAUCAUCUCGUCUUUCGUCAAGUGUGAAGUUUAACUCGUUAUCCAGAUAUUCUCAUAAAAUCCUGAAUCCAUUCUAGCCUUGUAGGAUUCAGUUUAUGUGUGUGUGAAAGUCCGCACGUUUUUAUAUUUUCUUUUUUAGUGUUUUUAGUCAUUUGGAAACUGACAUGCCUACAAUAGACCAACAUUCUUGCUCCAGUAUUUAUCAGCCAUUUAACUCGUAUGAAACUAUUCACUGUCAUAUGCAGAACAUGUGCAAAGAAUAGUUGUAUGUAAAUUCUUGUGUCAGGUACGCCUAUAUCUAAACUGCCGUGUAGAUUACUUUGGGGACCUUGAUUCAAUAACUUACUGUAUCUACACGUCACAGCUCAUGAGCCAAUUCAGCUAUAAAAUUUGCAGCAGUGCCUGUCUUUUUGAAGAAUUUAAUACUGCUCAAUAUUCCAUCCCAGACCGCAUCGUAAAUCUCCUCUUGUACCAAUCUGUUCCUUUCACCUACCGAUUCCUCCAUACUGUGUAAAGGAGUGAACUAAAUUGUUUUUAAGAACCUGAAGUUUAAUCAAUAAGUUAGAACUAAAGAAUAAACCAAUCCUUAAUUGUCAACUCUGAAUAAAUGAGCUAAUAUAACAAAAAAAACGUAUAUAGCUGAGCAUCAUCAGUAGCACAGUGGAGAACCCUAUAAAAUCAUUUCUCAGAAAAACAGGAAACCAUAUCUUGAAAUGGACACAUACUAGUAGGUAAAGAGUCCUGUCAUAUCGCUCGCUGUACUGCUAGCAAGCAACUGAUUCUUUUGGCAAGAAAAACAGAUUAAGAAAGACAAGUGUGAGGGGCUGGGGAUAUUUUUAUGACUGAGAACAGGAAAAUCAGAUGGUAUGAACAGAAAGUACCCAUAGGGCUGCUUGUUCUUGCAAUCUUCCGAUUGGCUACCUAACCAUUAGUAUAUGGCAGAAAAUAAAUUAUAACCAUUUUUAAUCACUCUAAGUUUUUAAAACAUAAUGUAAUCUGCUAAAAUGCAUUCCACAAUCUUUUUAUGCAUCAUUUUGUGUGACCUUUGAACUCAAGUGAUCCUGUCUGAUGAGGCUGGUUCAUGCUUCCCACUUCCAUGAAAGUUGUUCUGGUUUGACCAUUGGAAAAUAUUGCGUGUCUCUCUCCUUUUGAUCCAGCACUAGGCCUCUGUGUAGUACAGUAUGUGUGCUAUUUUGUGCAAGUUGAAUUGUUAAAUUUGAUUAGUGUAUCAAAGAAUUAAGGGUAGGAGAGACUGAGUGGCCAGUUAUUUACUAUAAAAAUAUAAUUUGUUGUUUUAGUUUUGUUGAUGGCAGUUCUGCUGAUCUUCAGUGAUCUUAUUUUAUAAGAUAACAAAAGAUCAAAUUACUUUACAUAAAUGUUCAAUUUUGUAGAUAGACCAUCAAACUUAAUUUGUGUAAGAUAAUUUUCACAAAAGACCACAGAUUUCACAUCCCAACUUGAACAAACUAUCUAGAAACGAACAUCCAAUUUAUUUACAAAGACCAUUACAACUUUUGAGAGAGUGGGCAAAUGCUGCUGUAAAGGAAUUAAUGUAUGUAUUAAAUCUGCCAUUAAAUGUAUUAAUUUGGACAUGUUCUCUUAGGGUGCACUGAAUUGAAUUUGCAACAAUUCAUUGCAUUGCAUUUUAUUUAUACCUCUAUGAGAAAUUGAUUUUCCUUAUGCAAAAAAACUUUUCAUAUAAACUUUCAGUCAUGAUUUUUUAAAAUUAUUUUUUGCUUGUGAAUUGGUAAGGUGAAACCUUGCAGCAGAAUCCUUUGUUUUGUACCACUAAUAUCUUUUGUAAUAUGUAUUUGGUUGUGUUUUGUAAAUCACGUUUUAUAAGAUAUUUUAUAUGUAAUGCCAGGCAAGUUUGUUGCUGUCUAUUUCAAAUCAAAUAAAUAGCUUUUAUUUUAAAAAAAA